CGUCAAACAUAUAAACAACAAGCCGUGUUCUAUUUCCAAAAUCAAUGGAUUAUUUAUAAAAGCAAAUUCAGUUCCAAAUUUAAUAAGUUGAAAAUAAUAAAACACACUCACUUUCAAAUUUAGCAUGGCAGUACCUCCGAAAUUCCCGGGUACCGGGCUUGAAGAGGUGAACGUUCCAGGCCAAGCGUAUUUGCGUGACGCUUUAUCCUGUUGUGACGAUCCACUGAAGGCUAUCGAAAACUUCCAACUGGAAAAUGGUAUUCUGUUGCCGUCGCUCAGACCCAUGUUGCCACUUCUCGAUUUACACGGUGUGCGAAGGUUGGACUUCCACACGUCGGUUCUGGAGGAACUUCGGGACAAGCUGAUAGCCCACAUCAAUGAAGUUGGCGCUAAGGAGGGACGCGAACGAGACAAGAAGCUGAAGGAACUGCUGGUGAAGAGUUUCCCGGUGGUUCGGGUGAAGGCUCUGCGGCCGGUCGUUAUGUGCAUUCUGCGAAACACCAGCCAUAUCGAUGACAAGUAUUUGCGAAUUUUGGUGCGCGAUCGAGAGCUCUACCAGGACACCGACACGGAGGUGAAGAGACAGAUCUGGAGGGACAAUCAGUCGUUGUUUGGCGAUGAAGUUUCGCCUUUGCUGUCGCAAUAUAUCCGGGAAAAGGAGCACGUCUUGUUCGACCACAUGAACUUAAAUAAUUUGUUUUUCACCCCGACCCCGAAAGUGCGGCGACAGGGCGAAGUAGUCCAGAAGUUGGCCCACAUGAUUGGGAACAGUGUAAAGCUGUACGAUAUGGUGCUUCAAUUCUUGAGAACACUAUUCUUGAGGACUAGAAACGUACACUAUUGCACUCUUCGAGCGGAGCUCUUGAUGGCACUUCACGAUCUGGAAGUGCAGGAUAUAAUCUCGGUGGACCCGUGCCACAAGUUCACCUGGUGUUUGGAUGCGUGCAUCCGUGAAAAGAACGUAGACAUUAAACGGUCAAGGGAACUGCAGGGAUUCUUGGAUAACAUCAAACGGGGUCAGGAACAGGUUCUUGGAGAUCUCUCGAUGACUUUGUGCGAUCCGUACGCAAUCAACUUUUUAGCGACUUCGGCUAUCAAAAUUUUGCAGCAUCUGAUUAACAACGAGGGUCUACCCAGGGACAAUACAAUUCUCAUUCUGUUGUUGAGAAUGUUGGCUUUGGGUCUUUCCGCAUGGAUAAUGAUAGACUCGCAGGACUUCAAGGAGCCCAAGCUAGACAGUCAGGUGGUGACUAAAUUUUUGCCAGCCUUGAUGUCGCUUGUGGUGGAUGAUCAGGUUCGCAAUUUACAUGCCAAGCUGCCACCGGAUGAGCGCGAAAGCGCCAUUACAACGAUAGAACACUCUGGGCCCGCACCGGAUGCGGUGGAAGCUUACAUUCAGGAAAGCUCCGUUGCCUCAAUUCUUGCAAUGUAUUACACCCUUCAUACAUCCCGCCAAAAGGACCGGGUCGGGAUUCUACGAGUCAUGACGAUACUGGCAUCCUGCAAGGAUGACCGCGCCUACGAAGACCCCUUUCUACAUUCCCUCAUCGCUCUGUUGAUUCCAAUGUCCGAAGAGUUUGCCAACGAAGAUUUCUGCACCGGUUUGUUCGACGAGUUUCUGUUCGCCGGACUAACUCGUGAUAACGUAACGCGACACAUGCUCAAGCUGCUUUGGUACGUACACCAGAAGUUGCCCCAGGGUCGCUUGCAGACUCUUAUGAAGGCCCUCCAGCCGAAUGCACAGCACCACGAGAAUGUGCAUAAACUGUACGAGAAUUUGCAGAAGCGAGUACUGGCGUCGCACCAUGAGCCUGCGCCGGAACCGAUGGAAACUGACUUUGAUACGCCCCUCAAAAGUAUUCCGACCCCAGGACCGCAUUAUGUGCAAUGAGUUGCGAUCGGAGGUUGGUCUUCUGAUAAUCUCUAAACAACUAAAUGUUAGACGUUGUUCAAAUAAUAAAGUUUCAAUUCAAUACA